UGGAUAAGAGGAUGGAAUUUGGAUUCUGAUUCUCGAGAGCCCAGUCAAGUGGCUGGGAACCCCGGGAUGCAUGCCAAGGUGUUGGGUGUGUGAUCGGGGUGCUCCUAGCCGCUGGAUGUGCGUUCAGCUCUCUCUCUCUCUCUUUUUUCUCACAUCCAGGUUCAGACAACCAAUUGAUAUUGAUAUCCGAUACUGAUACUGAUACAGAUUGGCUGGUACGCUUGAAAAGCGUGAGAAGGACGUGCAAGUGUGCAACGUGGAGGCAUGUCGGAAGCAGUACGGUAGGCGAGUGCGAAGGGAAUGCUGAGCUGGCUGAGAGGUUCGUUAGCGGUUAAGUUCUCAAAACGAAUUUCCCGCGAACAAAAAACUGGUAGCCUUGGAUCCAAACAAGAGGGUGAAAGAGCAACGUCAGCCUUUCUUCCUAUUCUCUCUCUAAAACUUGCAAAACGCCUUGCCUAAUUCCCCCUUUGUCUAUUUUUCCUUUCUUCUCCCCUUCUCGUGUCGCUCCGAUCCCAAUCUGUCAGAAGCUUAGUUCUUUCAGAUUGGGGAAAUCUAAUUGGAUAACAUUCCUUGGGAGCAUUUGCUCGAGAUGGGUUACUGAAUCUCUUUUCUGGGUUUGUCGUCUCUGCAACCUGCAAAAUGAUGUGCUGUAGAGGUGUGGAAGAGGAAAACUACGGUCCCCCAGCUAAUCAGUAUACUGCCCCACCCAAGGGGGGAAAUGCAUACGGGAGUGAGAGAGACCAGCCAAGGAAUUCCAAUGUAGCCAAGAGUGGAGCUCCUCCAAAGAUCUUACCUAUUGAAACACCGGCCUUAUCCUUCGAUGAGCUGAAGAGAUUGACAAAUAAUUUUGGUGAAAAGGCUUUGAUUGGAGAAGGUUCCUAUGGACGGGUCUUCCAUGCAACCUUAAAGGAUGGCCAAGCUGCUGCCAUCAAGAAGCUAGAUGCCAGUACUUCAUCAGAGCCAGAUUCUGAUUUUGCAGCUCAGUUAUCAAUGGUUUCAAGACUUAAGCAUGAUCAUUUUGUAGAGUUGUUGGGAUACUGUUUGGAGGCAAACAAUCGAAUUUUGGCAUAUCAGUUUGCAACAAUGGGUUCUUUACACGAUGUUUUACAUGGGAGGAAAGGUGUACAGGGAGCUGAACCUGGUCCAGUUCUCAGCUGGAACCAAAGGGUGAAAAUUGCUUCUGGUGCAGCAAAAGGUCUUGAAUAUCUUCAUGAAAAAGUUCAACCACCUAUAGUCCAUCGCGAUGUCAGAUCCAGCAAUGUUUUUCUUUUCGAUGAUUUCGUGUCCAAGAUUGCUGAUUUCAAUUUAACCAACCAGUCUCCAGACACAGCAGCUCGUUUACAUUCCACUCGAGUCUUGGGAACCUUUGGUUACCAUGCACCAGAGUAUGCCAUGACUGGGCAAUUGACUCAAAAAAGUGAUGUCUACAGUUUUGGUGUUGUUCUUUUGGAGCUUCUGACAGGAAGGAAGCCAGUAGAUCACACUAUGCCUAAAGGACAACAGAGUCUGGUUACUUGGGCAACUCCAAGAUUGAGUGAGGACAAGGUCAAGCAAUGUGUGGAUCCCAAGCUAAAUAAUGAAUACCCACCUAAGGCUGUAGCUAAGUUGGCAGCAGUAGCAGCACUAUGUGUUCAAUAUGAAGCAGACUUCCGGCCAAAUAUGACAAUUGUUGUCAAGGCUCUUCAACCACUACUUAACUCAAAACCAGGAGGAUCAGAGUCUCACAUGUAACUAUAAUGUCUCUUUUUAAAAAGAAAAAAAAGUUGUCCCCACUAUUUUACAUGUAAUUCAUUGUCAUUGAACUUUUUGAGCUCGAUAUUGAGAUCUUGUAUCAAAAAAUUUUUGGGAAAGAUUAGCAGCCAUCCCAUAUGGUUCAAGAUGUAUAUUUUAAUCUAUCUAAGCUAAGGUUUGACCAUUUGAGAACAAAAA